AUGUCUGGAAUUAUUCUGAUCAUGUACAUUUUGUCUGUCACUGGAAACAUAAUCAUAAUAUUCAUGGUCUGUGUUGACAAGCAUCUCAGCAGUCCAAUGUAUUUCUUUAUAGCCAACUUGUCUUUUAUAGAGAUUCUGUAUACAUCUGUCAUAACACCUAAACUUUUAGCUGUCCUCAUUGGAAACAACAGAAUCAUAUCAUUCAAUGGCUGCAUCACCCAGUUUUAUUUAUUCUUCUGUUUAGGCUCAACAGAAUGUUUCCUUCUAGCGGUUAUGUCUUAUGAUCGCUAUACGGCAAUCUGCAAUCCCUUGCUCUACAACAUCAUCAUGAGACGACCUGUGUGUUGUUAUCUAGUUACGGCUUCUUGGAUGGGAAGCUUUUUUCCAAACUUGAUAGCCACUUUAAUCAUCGCAAAUUUAAAGUUCUGUGGCCAAAAUAUUCAACAUUUCUUUUGUGACCUUUUCCCACUGUUGCAGUUAUCAUGUUAUAACACAAACAAACUUCAGACUUUCAAUUUUUUUACAGCUUCCACUAUUGUAUUGCUUUCUUUCUCUCUAACACUAUGGACCUACAUCCGUAUUAUAAUGACUAUAUCAACAAUUCCAUCCAACAAUAAUAGAUGUAAAGCUUUUUCCACUUGUACUUCUCAUCUUACUGUAGUUCUCAUAUUCUUUGGGACGGUGGCUUUUGUUUAUCUCAGGCCAAGCGUCAGCACAGACUUUAUUCUGAAUAAAGCACUGUCUCUUAUUUACAUAGUAGUGACACCAGUGGUAAACCCUCUUAUUUAUAGUUUUCGUAACAACGAUGUAAAGAUGGCAAUAAAGUCAUAUCUAAAGAACAUUAAAUUAGGAUAA